AGAUAACGAAAUAUUUUAAGUUCAAGGUCAUUUAAAAUUAAAAUGUUUGCUUCUCUUGAAGAAAAUCUUCUUCAUUUAUUUCAUUAUUUACAAUUAAUAGCUUUCUAAAAUACUGAGUAUCACGUGAUCAUAUAUAUUGAAUUUUAAUUGGUCAUCGGUGAGCGUGCCCUGCGCGACGCGAGAGGCGCAAUACAUAAUAGUUCACCAAAAUGCCGUCGGAAUCUAAGCCUUUGUUGACAGCUCAAACAGAAAAACCGAAUCAUUAUAAAUAUUUGAAGGAAUUCCGAGUGGAGCAGUGUCCAUCAUUUCUUCAACAUAAAUGUACACAACAUAGACCUUUUACAUGUUUUCAUUGGCAUUUUAAUAAUCAGAGAAGAAGAAGGCCCGUUAGAAAAAGAGAUGGAUCAUUUAAUUAUAGCGCUGACAAUUAUUGUGCCAAGUAUAACGAGACAUCGGGCAUUUGCGAAGACGGCGAUGAGUGCCCAUACCUUCAUAGAACAGCAGGGGACACGGAAAGACGUUACCAUCUGCGGUAUUACAAAACAUGUAUGUGCGUCCAUGAUACGGAUGCUCGUGGACUUUGUACCAAAAAUGGCGCACAUUGUGCCUUUGCACAUGGUGCACCAGAUUUGCGUCCCCCUGUACUUGAUGUUAGGGAACUUCAAGCUUUAGAAAAUCCGGAAGGUGCGGAUGGAGAUGCCGCAGCACCCAAUGCUCUUGAUAGAGAAAGGAAUUUAAUGAAUGAAGAUCCAAAGUGGCAAGAUACAAAUUACGUGUUAUCAUCAUAUAAAACAGAGCCUUGUAAAAGACCGCCUAGGUUAUGUAGACAAGGGUAUGCCUGCCCGCAGUAUCACAAUAGUAAAGAUAAGCGCAGAUCACCAAGGAAGUACAAGUACCGCAGCACGCCGUGCCCGAGCGUGAAGCACGCGGAGGAGUGGGGCGAGCCCAGCAACUGUGAGGUGGGCGAUGCGUGCGGCUACUGUCAUACCCGCACAGAGCAGCAGUUCCAUCCCGAGAUAUACAAGUCCACUAAGUGCAACGACGUGCAGCAGGCCGGCUACUGCCCUCGGGGACUCUUCUGUGCAUUCGCACACGUCGAACCGGAAGAUCUGACAGCCGGGCGCGAUCUGACAGCGCCCCUGGAGUGCGGCACCAACCUUGCGGACCUUCUGUCCUCCGCGCUGCCCGAGAAACGCGCGCCCUCGCCCGCGCCGCCCCACACCAACGGCGAUGAGUGCGCAUCCACGUCCAGCGGCGGCUCUGCCCCCCAGCGCAACUACGACGACAAGUUCACCUGGCACCCGCGCAGUACCUUCGACCCCACAGUGCUGCAGGAGGUCGUGGGCAACGCACUCGACGACCUUCAUCUCGACGAGCCUGUCAACCUGGUCGCCUCGCUCGACCGCGACCUCUCCGACAGCGAGGGCCUGCUCGGCGGCUCUGCGCCCGUCAACAUCCCGCGCCCGCCCAUGCGAGGCUUCAGUCCGCCCACCGGCGGGUCCCCGCUGCCGCCCUUCCUGCGCUACGCCUCCACCGACGACCGCCUCUUCAAUUCCCACAUCAAGGCGGGCAGCUUCGGAGCGGCGGGAGCGGGCCCAUUCGAGUUCGCGUCGGCGUCGCCCUCCGCGCCCACAGAGCUGUCGCGGCUGCGCGAGGAGGUGCACGCGUCGCGUGCCGUCGCCGCGCGAUGUGAUGAGCGCGUGGCGCAGGCGCGCUCCGCUUGCGAGGCCUGGCAGCGCGAAUCGGACGAGGCGCUGCGUAAAACUGCAUUGGCGGAGCGGCAGCGCGACGAGGCGCUCGCGCACGCCAUGUCCCUGCGGCGCGAGCUGGAGGCGGCUCGCGCGGGCGCAGGCGCAGGCAGGCGCGAGCUGCGCGGCCUGCCGCUCUCCGCACUGAAGGCGAUGCAGGCGCAGGCGCGCGCCGAACUCGAGGAGAUCGAGAAGGUGCUGUACCUGGAGACGGCCACCAAGUGCAUGGUGUGCGAGGAGCAGCCGCGCAGCGUCACGCUGGCGCCCUGCAACCACUACGUGCUGUGCGACGGCUGCGCGCUCACCGCCAAGGAGUGCCCCUACUGCCAGACGCCCGUGCAGCAGCUGCCCUAAACCUGAUCCUGCCGCACACACACAGCGCCGCUUGUACGUCUUUACAAUUGGAAUUUGCGUAAUACUUUAUUUUCGUACUAAAACUAAAAGGAGAUGCGAGCGACCGCCGCCAGCCGCAACCGCAGCGUGACCUGCCGCGGGGCUCCGGCGUCACUCGCAUCUCCCGCUACAUACAUAUUACAAUGUCAUUAAUAUUUUUAUAUGCGCGUCAACUAAUGACAGAUAUCUACAUCUACAUGAUAAAAUAAUAAUAAUUAAGGAUAUAUAAUUUAAGCGUAAAGAGCAAGACUUAUUCUGAUAAAAUGUAUUGAAUGAAAUAGGAGCGAUUGUGUUAUGUGUAGAUGAGCUGGGGCAGUCGUCUCCGCCCUCACCGAAAGCAAUAAUAACAAACGAAGAAGUUUGUGCUUUUAUAAAUUGUCUACCUGAUUACAUGAUAGAGAUGGAAUAUAGAUUUGUAUAGUGUUGUUGAUUGCAGGUCACUUUUGAUACCAACUUAAAUUAUAUUAGUACUUGCAAAUGCUAGUAUUGUUAUCAAAUAUAUUCUCUAUGGUCUACGGGGCUUUGUUCAGCUGAUGAAUAGAAGUUUAUUGUGUCGUGAAGAUUUAUAGAAGAUGCAUUUUUAUAUUUGUCUAUUUCUAAUAUCUACUAAAUAUUUUUCAUAAAUCAAGUAUUUCAAUAUAUUUAGUGCAUGGUUACAUUGUAGUUGUUACGAUGCUUUCGAUGUUAUUGGAAAAUAUUUUAUUUACUAGACUCCUGUAGUUGACAUUGUUGCUUUGAUAUACAAAUGAAGACUUGUAGCUUUUAAUCAAUUCUUAACAUUUAACCCUUAUUAGCCUACAGUUUCAAUUUUGAUACCAAUCUUUUAAACCGAAUGUUCACAUUACUGUUAGUUUUUUUUUAUAGG